CAGUGGCUCUCCAGGCGCCCACAGUAACGCCCGAGCCCUCCGCAGCCCUUACUCUGGGGCUCCUCAGCCCCCUCCCUCACCUCUGCCCCCUCCUCCUGCUCCAUAUCCAGCCACCGCUCUCCGGCUUCAGGGGCUCCGCAGGUAACUCUGCCUGGUGCCCGCUCUCCAGAUGUCUCUGUGGUUUGGUCCCUUAUCCACCCAGUUCUUGCCCGUGUCCUUUAUCAAGGUGGCUUUCUAAACUGCGGCAUUCAACAGCCUUCCCGGCCCUGGCCUCCUGACCCUGCUGUCAUGUCCCGGCGCUGUCUGAAGUUCAUUCUGGUUUUCAGGGUCUCUGAGGGCUCGGACCCUGCCUGUCUUGCCUGCCAUCACCCUGGCAGCUGGAAGAGAUGGCAGCUUCUGUGGGGGUGCAGCGGCAGGGACAAUAGGCUGAGGCCAACGUGGGUAGACGGGGAGGCCUGUCGGACCAGGACAGCGUGGCAAGAGUGGCGAAGAGGAGGCUUUGAGGCCUGGCUCUGCUACUCUGGACCUGGGCACGUGCCUGUUGGCCCUGCCAUGUUCCGCAGGCUGGGCUGGCUGGUCCUGUACAGCCUUGCCGUGCUGCUGCUCAGCUGCCUGCUCUUCCUGAAGAAGGAGGCCAAGCCAGCAGGGGUCCCCACCGCCCGCCAGCCCUUCUGGGCUCCCCCAGGGCCCCGCCGCAGCCACUGUCCACCCAACCACACUGUGGCGAACGCCUCCCUGUCCCUGCCCAGCCGGCACCGUCUCUUCUUGACCUAUCGCCACUGCCGCAAUUUCUCCAUUUUGCUAGAACCUUCAGGCUGUGCUGAGGACGUCUUUCUGCUCCUGGCCAUCAAGUCGCAGCCUGGCCAUGUGGAGCGGCGUGCGGCCAUCCGCAGCACGUGGGGCCGGGUGGGAGACUGGGCUAGGGGCCGGCAGCUGAAGCUGGUGUUCCUCCUAGGGGUGGCAGGACCCGCACCCCCUGCCCAGCUGCUGGCCUAUGAGAGUCGGGAGUUUGACGAUAUCCUCCAGUGGGACUUCACUGAGGACUUCUUCAACCUGACUCUCAAGGAGCUGCACCUGCAGCGCUGGGUAGCGGCUGCCUGUCCCCAGGCCCACUUCAUGCUAAAGGGAGAUGACGAUGUCUUUGUCCAUGUGCCCAAUGUCCUGGAGUUCCUGGAUGGCUGGGACCCAGCCCAGGACCUCUUGGUGGGAGACGUCAUCCGCCAGGCUCUGCCCAACAGGAACACCAAGGUCAAGUACUUCAUCCCACCCUCCAUGUACAGGGCCCGCCAUUACCCGCCCUAUGCUGGGGGUGGAGGGUAUGUCAUGUCCAGAGCCACUGUGCAGCACCUCCGAGCAGCCGUGGAAGAGGCCGAACUCUUCCCCAUCGAUGACGUCUUUGUGGGUAUGUGCCUGAGGAAGCUGGGGGUGAGCCCCAUGCACCAUGCUGGCUUCAAGACAUUUGGAAUACGGCAGCCCCUGGACCCCCUGGACCCCUGCCUGUUCAGAGGGCUCCUCCUGGUGCACCGGCUCAGCCCCCUGGAGAUGUGGACCAUGUGGGCACUGGUGACAGAUGAGGGGCUUAAGUGCGCUGCUGGCCCCUUGUCCCAGCUCUGAGGGGUGGGCUGAGUGGAUUGAGUGUAUUUUCCUAUCAUAGAAAUUGAGAAACUUGAAACUUGACCCAUGAUGGUCUACAGGAAAUGCUUAGUUUUUGUAACCCCCUCCCAAACGUUUCUAACUUUGAUUAAAAACACUGAAACCUGGCUAACCUGGACCAACACAUGUUGAAUGGUUCCCACAGCAAAUGGGGGAGGGGGAUGAAGGGUCGGGGGGUCCUGGAGCUCUUUGGCAUUCUGCCAGUC